AUGUCUGGAGUCGAGCUGGAAAGGCGGAGAAUCAGGCACCAAGAGGAGGUGGAGAAGGCAGAGAAGAAGGUGCAGGAGGCGGAGAGGAAGGUGGAGAGGGCGAAGAAGGAGGUCCAGGAGGCGGAGAGGAAAGUGGAGAGGGCGAAGAAGGAGGUCCAGGAGGCGAAGAAGGAGGUGGAGAAGGCGGAGAAGGAGGUCAAGGAGGCGAAGGCAAGCGGCCGGACGAAGGAGUCCGAGGCACGGAGCAGUUGGUGCGAGAAGUUGCUCGCGAAGAAGUUGAAGUUUGGAGCAGCCGACCAACUGCUUGCAACAGUUGGGGCCACAUGGGACUAUUGUGGGAAGGAGGUGCUCCGUGAAAGCAUGCAGAUCCCCAUCCAGAAGCUGCACGAGCAAAAGGGGAAGAACAGUGACAAACAGCUUCAUCCUUUGUUCAUCGCAUUUGCAGGCCCAGGGCAAGGCAAGUCCCGGUUGCUGACAGAGUUCCCGGGCCUGGUCGAGCAGUGCUUGCAGAAUGUGUCUGAAAGGCAGAAACUGAAAUUCAGCAAGCAAACGACGAGCUUCAUGAUCAGCUGCGAGAACGGCCUCUCUCCCGGGGACUGGGCCACGGUGGAGCUCAAUGCCCAACGCUUUGUGGCAUGCCGCAUGCUGUGGCAGCUGAGGAAUGCAAACAAGGAGGCUUUUCGGGAGGUCGGCGCUCCAACAGACUUUGCCGAAUUCCGCAUCCAAUGCCCUGCCGACCUCACACCCUCGCCUGUGCUUAAGUCUGUGCUGCGUGAUGAGCUCAAUCAUAGCACGGUGGUGAUCGGAGUCGACGGGAUGCAAGGUCUGCCUGGAUUUACUGACCGCAGUGAUGCUGCGGGCAAGGACCUGCCAUUCUAUCAGGUGAUGCAGGAGGUCUGCCGCCUCGUCAACCAAAUGGAAGGCCCCUUUGUCGUAGCCUGUGUGGCCGCUUUGCAAAAUGUGAAGAGUGGACUUGCUGGCAGUCCCCAGGCCCGAGUUUUUCUGGAGCUGCCACGCGUGACCGCCGUGACCCGCAACAAACAGCCGGUGCUGCCCGGCCACCGCCUAAAAGACCUUCUGAUCGAAGACAUGGGCGGGCAUGGCAGAGCUUUGGAGUGCCUUCUAGAGGCCUUGAUGGAGAUGCCCAACGCUGCAGCAACUGCCUUGGUGGGUGCAGUUAUGAGACAAUUGAGGCAGAAAUAUCCCGACGCCAUUCAGCUUGAGCCGGAGGCAGACCUCAAAGAACUGCUUCGCGCAGCUGUUUCAGGCAGAUGGAUUUCGUCUCGCGACACGGUCGGCAAUCUAGAUCCUGAGAAGGUGGAGCUUAUUCGCGUCAAGUUCAAGGACGGCGACCCCUCCCAGUGCUUGUACCGUAUCGACUUGCCCUACAUUUGGUUGCACUUGAUGCUGAGUUUGUCUAAGUUCUCUGACGAUUUGCAACCGUGGAACUUGUUUGAGUCAGAACCAACCUGGCAACAGUGGGAAGAAUUCAAUGCCAGGUUUCGAGUGUUGCGAGCGUCUGCGUUUGAGGAUGGACAAGUAGUUGACAUUGCCGAUCUACACAGGGGUGCAGUGAUCCAGCCUGACAGCUUGAAAAGCACCAAGGUCAUCAACCGGCAUCUGCAAUUUGCCAAAUCCGGGCACCAAUUGUUCUCGAGGUCCUCAUGCUGCGGCAAUCCCAAAGCUCGGACAAAUUUACCUAAGGGACUGGGAAUGCACCAGUGCGUAGUUGAAAUGACAAACCAAAGCCUUACAGUGACGUUGACUGACAAACGUGUUUUAGUGGUGAAUGCCGCCGGAGCUCCAGCUGCUGAUGCCUUUCUCAUGUUGGAAGAGGUGGGGGCAGGGGGCAACAAUCACACCAUCUCUGAAUGUUUGCAAUGCAAGAAGGGCGAGUCUCGAUUAGAAGUGGAGAUCGAGCUUGACAAAGCAUGCGACAAAGCUGACAUCCUGGUGCUUUUGCCGACAACGACAAAGACUGUGCCACACAGCGGCGGACGGCGCUUGAUCUUCGUAUCUGAAGCGCAGUACCAGGAGUACUUUGGCUUUUACGCUGGUAGAGCCUUCUAUCAAACCAGGGCGGCCAAACCUUGA